CCACAAUCCACAAAAUUCAACCCCCAAAACCUUUGCCUGAAAACUGAACAAGCAAAAUGCCUCGACAUGAGAUGACGAAAUCCGACGCCUCCCGGAUCCAAUCCUCACAGGCGAAAGGCGCAGGCGAUAUGUCGUCGCAGGGCUUCGCGGCCCGGGCGCAGGCUGCCGGCGACCACUGGGCGAGUAGUUCCCAGCAUACGAGCAGCAGCGGCGGCGGCUCGAAUGAAAGCACUGGGGUUUCGAAGGAUUCGUCUACGUCGCAUUAUAGCGGGACUGGUUCGGGUGAGAAUAAACAACGGACAUAGAGGAGGUUGUCUUUGUUAAACCCGGCUGUUUUCCCAUGGAGAGAAGCUGGGUAUUAGGGAGUGAUGGGAAGCAAAAGAGUUAUUGAAAAGUCAGAAUGUCGUUUUUCUUUUCAUAGUAUUUGACUGUUGUGGUUUCUUCACAGGUACUUUUUAAUCUUCGUAGCUUUACACAACGGGAUAUAUACCAUACCGGUCUU